CCGUGCGGUCGACGCGGUUCGCUCGCGUUCAUCCGGCAGCAGGUUUCUCUCCUUUCCUUUCGAUUUUUUUUUUUUCGUUUUCUUUCAUCGGUUUUUUUCUUCUCUCUCCCUCUCUGUCUCUACCUUCCCCCCUCCUGGGGGGAAUCGCACGUCCGGGGGACAUGAGCAAAAUAACGCGAGCGGUUGCUAGGUGUCACGGUCACGGAUGGUGAGCCCGCGAUAACCGGACGACCUGGCCUCUUCGCGAAUCUUCCUUUCCGUGUGUUUUUUUUCCGCCAGGCGAAAACUCCACGGGAACUCGCCGUUCCUCUUCGAAUUCGACGGAGAAGCUCGAGGAGAUCAGCGAGCCGCAGUGCACAAUGUCGUAUCAUCGCGGCGGGCAGGCGGGCGCCGUAGCGGUCUCAUAUAGCACCAGUCCAAUGGCACCGCACUCGCCUAGCCGGAGGUACUCGAGUGGCACCAGCGGCGGUGGCACCACCACCUCUGCGCUCGGUAGCUCGACGUCCAAGUACAGCAGCUACCGUUCCACCGGCUCAUCCUCGAUCCUGGACCGACCCACCAGCUUCUACACAUCGUCCUCGAAUUCGGGCUUGCGCUCCAACUAUAUCUCUUCGGAGUACAGGAGGUCCUAUUGCGCACCAGGAAGCUUCUACUCGUCGGCUUCUACCGGCACGAGCGUCCGCAGGAACUACUCGUCGGAGUACAGUCGAUCCACCUGCUCACCCGCAAGGUCAGUCUCGUCGUCGACGUACGGCGAAACGGGCAGCAGCAGCGGCGCCGCAUUAACAACAACGAUCGUUAACGGCACCAGCAGUAGUGGUGGUGGCAGAUACAUCUCACCUACGUCAAGCGCCUCGGUCAACUCGUCCACGACCUCGAGGGAACGCGGUAGCGUCGACGCGGCCGCCGCGGCCGCCGACAUCAUCAGCAGGUACUCGCCAGCCGGUUACGUGCCUAGUAUUCAACGUCAACAGCAGACGAGCAGCGGCAACGCGCAUCAUUGGAGGCACCGUUCGACGUCAUCGUCCUUGAACGAAUUGUUCGGUGGGGACGAGCGCGAGGUCGAGCGCAAGGAUCUUCGUCUGGAGUCCUCGCUCUCCUCGUCGUCAUCCUCGUCGUCCGUGGCUACCGGAGCGGCCGGUCUAUGGUCCAAGCCCAGCAAGAGAAGACCGUCUACGAACAGCACGGUGCUCACCACCGUCGGGCAUACACGUACGGAUGGCGCAGUUUCUCUCGCCGAGGUAACGACUAUUGACGAUCACGUUACCCGUAAACCAAACGACGACAACGACGACGACGGAAACGACGGUACCAAGGACGAUCAUCAUAACAACAACGGCAACACGGGGCGCGACGGCAACGACGAGGAUAUCGCGUGCGGAUACGGCGUUAACAACAACGACAACGAGCAUGACGACGAUAACGACGUGGACGGGGACGACGACGGAAACGAGGACGAGGACGGCGACGACGCGAAUGACGACGAUAAUUUCAACAAUUGCCACCACCGCUUCCACCAGCAGCGUCGCCACCGGCCAGACAAGGUCUCGCCCGCUAAGCGUAACGUUCUCUCACCCGCCGCCGCUGGUGGUUUGAUCAGUGUUGGUAGCCUUGACCUGUUAACUAACCUCGCUACUAAUCCUCAUAACACCGAGCUGCUGAUCAAUAACAACGCUCAGGACAAGGUAACAGGAAGGCAGGAGGAGAACGGGAUUACGACGAACGACGAGGUAACGCGCGGCAUUGACGAUGUCACGUCGAUCGUGUUUCUACAACGCAAUCGCGUCAGCGACAUUCCUGAGGAUGGCGAGGAAGAGAAUAACGCAUCCAAUAGCAUGGACGAAAACUGUUUCGGAGGAACGAUCAACAACGUAGCUGGUAGACCUUCUGUCACGCAUGGCGACGAUCCUUCUAUCCCUUCGACGUCGAGGAGAACAGAUCAGCCCGGUCUCUUCUCGUGUGCUACAGGCAACAGUUUGACAUCGUCACCGACGAAUCCAUCCACGGCACACCAGAGUAUCUAUCGCGGGAUCAACGAGCAAUACGAAGGAAGCCCGACUAACAGAUCGGCACGUAGUCGUCUGCAAGCUCUUCGUGAUGAACGAUGUGGUCUAAACGGCUUACGGAAUAUUGGAAAUACAUGUUUCAUGAACAGCGUGAUUCAAUGCUUGAGCAACACGAGGCCUCUGUUAGAAUAUCUACUAAACGAACAAUAUCUGGCCGAUAUAAAUACGACGACGUCCAGCAUGAAAGGCGCUUUGAUCAAAGCGUUCAGUCAAGUGAUUCACGAAUUGUGGGAAGUAGGCGGUGAUCAUGUAGUGAACACGACCGCGCUUAAGUCUCAGAUACAGAGAUUCGCACCACGUUUCAUGGGCUACAGUCAACAAGACGCUCAAGAGUUUCUCAGAUAUUUGCUAGAGGGUCUGCACGAAGAUGUCAACAGAGUGACCACAAAGCUACCGCCCAUACACGGAGACAUACCUGAUAGUUACACGGAUAUGCAGAAAGCGGUGGAGAGUUGGAAACGAUAUCUACGCAGCGAAGAUAGCACGAUAGUCGACGUUUUCGUUGGACAGUUACGUUCAUCUUUACGUUGCACUUCCUGCGAUCACGUAUCAGUCACCCUUGACCCAUUCUGGGACCUAAGCUUGCCGAUACCAGCCAGAAGCGGCACGGUAAAGCUGAGCCAAUGCUUGGAGCAUUUCACAAGAGAGGAAGUAUUGGACGGCGACGAGAAACCAACAUGUUCCAAAUGUCAGAUGAGAAGAAAGUGCACCAAGAGCUUCAGCAUACAGAAAUUCCCAAAAAUUUUGGUUAUUCAUUUGAAACGUUUCUCUCCGAUGGAGCGUUUUCGCGGCAAGCUGAACGUGAUGGUGGACUUUCCCCUGACGGGUUUGGAUCUCAGUGCCUUUGCCGCCCCGAGAGUUCCGGGCUGCACGUACAAUCUGUACGGGGUCGCAAAUCAUUCUGGCACCACGUACUCCGGUCACUACACCGCGUACUGCAAGCACCCGUACUCGGGGGAAUGGCAUGAGUAUAACGACAGCCGAGUGUCCGUCGUGUCAUCACGAUCGGUCGUUUCCAGUGAAGCCUACGUACUGUUUUACGAACAACAGCCUCACAGUUCUCACUUGUAACCUUACGCCAUAUUUAGAGAGUAAAACAACCAUCUUGCCUCUCUCGAUACCUCAGCUCAGCCUAGUAAAACUCUUGUCUUCUGACGUAUUGAAAAGCGACUAAACACUGAAAGAAACGGAGGGACAUCUCCUCCCGGACAAGUCCAACGUGACCUUAUUGGCGAUAAUCGUGUCUCUUCCCGCAAUACGUUUCUCGACGUAGUGUCGCAUACGUGUAACGUCCUUUCAUAAAAAAAAAGUAUACGUAAAUCGAUAUAUAAUUGAUAAUUCAAUAUAAUUAUAAUAUGUACACGUGCUUUUUAACGUGGAAAAUUAUUUCCGCGAUCAUGUUUGAUCUAUACGAAAAUUAUUUUUUUACGUAAUGUUUUUUGCAAGACCUAAUUUAUACGUUGCGAUCGUGUUUGAGAUAAGGAAGACGAUACUGUAUUUAUUCGUUACUUUAACCGCAUGGGGAAUGUUUCUAUCUAAAAGAGAAUACG